UCAGUAUAAACAUGGCCGUUAAGUCCUUUGCAGCGUCAGGUACUGCGUUGGCUGAAUUAGCUGGACUUUGAGGAAGUCAGUGAGAGUAACAAAUGCAGUAACAGGUGUAAAGAAAAUGUAGACCGCUAGCCGACACGUACAUUCUCCCCACAGUUUGAUCUCUGCGUUGGAACGGUAUUUCUCAACUUAAUUUAGUACGUUAUGCUAGCUAGCUUAUCGAGCUAACGCCGACGUCUCUACGUUAACUUCUGUCAACUUUUUUCAACCAGCUAGCUACUGACUGCUUAUCGAAAUGGAGGAGUGCCGUCAGUCGCCUGCAGUGUGUCGAUGAAUAUUCCACACUCAGAAGUCUUGUCUUGACUCGACUAAGGAUUGAACAAAACUUUUGCUAACAGCUUGCUUUUGGGUUGUUUUUCUUUUACUUUCUUUCCACUGGCAGCAGUCAAGCGCUCACCAGGCGCUCUUUUACUGUAUGAAGAGUUGCAGGGCGGACAUAAUGUUUUCUGUCAAACCCACGAAACCAACCUUCAAAUGUUAUCUUCCUCCCGUUCAGACUGAUGUGAAGAAAGCUAUUGACCCACCUAUUAAAAAGUUGGAGCCCAAGUUACUUUCAGGAGAGAUAGUGGUUAAUGAGGUGAACUUCGUGAGAAAAUGCAUCAACACUGAAAGCAGCCAGGACGACCUUUGGGGGAAGUUGAUAUGCACCAACUUUAAGGUCUCCUUCAUCCCUCAAGAUGCACCUCUUAAACAGAAAUCCCAGUUGUCCCACCUGCUGCUUGGAGAGCAUGACAUCCCCCUGACCUGUCUGGAUCAAGUGGUAACAGUUAAUGAUUCAAAGGGGAAGAAGAAAGUGUUGAGCUCCAACCAGAAGCUGAAAUUCAACCCAACAGAGCUCUUUCUGUACUGCAAAGACUUGCGCAUCAUAAGGUUCUGCUUUGAUGAGGCUGGGCCUGAGAGCGCCAGAAAGGUUUGCCUUGCUAUUGCCCACUAUUCUCAUCCAGCGGAUCUUCAACUGCUGUUUGGCUUUGAGUAUCAAGGACGGCGUUAUCAUGAAUCUAAAGGGGAGCAAAUCAAUGGCUCCACUGCAAAAGGAGGAUCACAGACCCCUAUUUUUGACCGUUCAUCCGACUGGGAUCGGGAGAUCAAGAGAACGGGUGCUUCAGAGUGGAGGGUUUGCUCCAUCAAUGAGAGCUAUGCCAUCUCACCAAGUCUUCCAGAGCAUAUUGUGGUUCCAGUUUCUCUAGCAGAUCAAGAUCUUAAGUGUUACUCAUCAUUCUUCUCUGAUGGGCGCAUCCCUCUGUGGUGCUGGAAUCACAAUAAUGGGAGUUCUCUUGUCCGCAUGGCCAACAUAACCGAUCCACACCAGCAGAAGAAGAUUUAUCAAAAGGUCUUUACCGCCAUCACUAAAAGCCACCCACAACGCAGUGAAGUCAUCAGGUUAGAUCUGGACAAGUGUCUGCCUAAUAUCCAGGACAUCCAAAGUGCCUUUGUAAAAAUCAGACAGAUCUGUGUCUUAGAUCCUUUUGAGGAGUCAGAGGAGAGGUGGCUUUCAUCCAUUGAAAACUCGCGAUGGCUUGAAUAUGUCAGGGUGUUUUUAAAACACUCAGCAGAAAUAGUGUACCACUUGGAUGGAAAGAAUUCCUCUGUUAUUCUUCAAGAGGAAGAAGAUCGAGAUCUCAACUGUGUAGUGUCCUCAUUGGUGCAGCUCUUGUUGGACCCUCACUAUCGCAGCUUGAGUGGCUUUCAGAGUUUGGUGCAGAAGGAGUGGGUGAUGGCUGGCCAUCGCUUCUUGGACCGAUGCAACCACUUGAAGAAGAAUGAUAGAGAGGAGUCCCCGCUGUUCACUCUGUUCCUGGACUGCGUGUGGCAGAUGAUGAACCAGUACCCAGCAGCUUUUGAGUUUACAGAGGCCUAUCUGACAGUACUGAGUGACAGCAUGUGGAUCCCACUCUUUAGUACUUUCCUCUUCAGUUCUCCCAAGCAGCGUGCUCAAGUAUUGAAUGAGUUUGCAAAGAAUAAAGCCAUCCCUCAAGGAGAAGACCAGACAGUGUUUUUCCCUCCUGUUUGGGAGUGGUCACAGCAGUUCUCAAUCAAAGAUCAAACCCUCUUCAACAAUCCCAUGUAUGUUGGCAAAGGAGCUGCCUGUGUUCAGAAUGGAGAAGUGAAAUCUUUCAGACGCACAAAGAAAAGCUACAGUUCCACAGUGCGAGUAAUGACUACAUCGCAGCGUAACGGACUGAAAGGUGAAGAGGAUGCAUUUUCCCGGCGGGGCUCUCUGCUUUCAGACCUAAAGCCUGAUUUCUCACCAGUGAAAGAUGAAAGCCCAUCAGAGCGUUUCUUCAGGGACUGGUUUUCUCGUCCUGUUGACCAGCAGGGCCUCCUGAUUCCCCUGCUCAUGCCCUCACAUGUGGCGCUCUGGAAGCUCUUCUUUCUACGCUGGGUUCCUGAAGCGUGCAUUCCCAAAGGAGGCCCCAUCACUGCCUACCACAAGCUCUCUCAGCUAGUUGAUGAAAUUGAGAUACUGCAGAGCCACAUCAGGCAGUACAAGGGACCCAGUCCAGGGAGCAUGCCAUUUCCAAGCCAAGGCGGGCCCCCUUCAGACCAAAGGAGGAUGUAUUUUAAGGCCAGUUCUCCAGAUGACCCUCCAACUCUUCCAGACGUUCUUACAUCUUCCUUUCCUUUCACCCCUGUGGGAAACCUGUGUCGACAAAGUCUCCAUGGGACUCCCAUUAGCAAAUUUCUGAAUGGGGCGAGGAUCUGGCUCUCAACAGAGACUCUUGCUAAUGACACUUUCUGAAGAUGUUGGGUUCAAGGGUUCCUAACAGAUUUUUUUAACAGCUAAUCAUCUUAUUUACUGUUACCUCUUUCUAAACUACCACAUUAUACCUGAAGAAUCUUUAGUUACCAUUUUGGAUUUCUGUUUGGAAAUGUUUUAUAAUUACAAUUCGCACCACUGAUGCUGCGUCUAAAUUCCCAAUUUAAAGUCAUUAUUUAGAUUCAUCAUCGCCCAUUACAGUCGAGGAAUUCAGAUCUCUUCAUCCUUUUUACUGACCAAGGAGUUCUUAUUUUAAGGCCUCUUAACUGUGAGAAAUCAACAUUUUAAGAUACAUCUAAGUCUUUUUUUUUUUUUUUUUGGUCUGUUAAGCUUUAACUGUGCAAACUUCUUCUUAUCUUAGACAUCACUCUAAGUCUCACACAUAGGGUGCCUCUUGAGAUUUCACUAGUUGAGGUUUAGACCAACCUCUCCAAAAUUUGAAUGUGAUUAUUUGCAUGUUUCAAAGCUCUAACUGAAAUGUAGCUGUUAUUGUAUGGCUGUGUCCGUGCUGUUAACUUGUCCUUUCUUUGAAUUAGUUGGUCAGCAAGACUUCUCUAUUUUUAAAUGAGGCCUUUUUAAUGGCAGCAGCAGGGAUGCACUUCACAGAACAUUGAUUUUCAGUAACUAUUUGUUUCUGCCUUCCAGGAAAUUGAGUUGAAGUUGUAAUGUUGUAACCCCCCCCCCCCCCAAAUCACACUUAAGAAAGAAGCCAGGUUAAAUGUAACAGCAUAUGUUUAAUUUAUUGCAGAUUGAUACUAGUGCCCAUAUUUUAAUAGCUUUGUGGAGUCUUGCAAAAAGUAGCAAAUGAUGAGAUAUCAGGGUCCAACUUUGUAGAUUUCCUCUAUUUUUUAAGCAUCUGUAAGCAUCUAUCUCUGUAGCAUCAUACAGUGAUACGGAUGGGAAGGUGAGCUGUGAGAAUGUCAGUCUGUGGUAGAUAUUUCAACUUCUCUUCUGGAGGGGUUGUUGUAAACUUUUUUUCCUGAAGGCCUUCUGGUAAGGACCUGAGGAGAAACUGUUCAAACGAGCAGAAACUGAAUGCAUACAUCUUGGAAAGUAAAGGGACAGAUCAAUGGUUUGAUUUAAACCACUAAGUUGUUGGAUUUCAGGCAGGACGAUAUUGUUUUUAGGCAGUACAUCAGCAAUAAGGCACCCCGAUACCAAGGCUCAUAAAAAGCAUCUUAAUUUUAACAUGUUAACAUUAUAUGACAGUAGGCGUUAUUUUUUGAGAAGUCUGAAAGCAUUAACUGCAUACACUGUUCAAGGUUGUGUGUGUUCUGGAUUUUUCAAUGUCUUUGUAUAUAAGAUUAUAAGAUGGGAAAAAGAAGUCGCGGUUGUUGGUCUUUCAGGCAGGAUAAAGGUGAGCAUCAUGUAUAAAGAUGCUUCUAAACUUUUAGUGAAGCAAUUUGAGAAUUUUCCCUGUAUGUGUACCAUUAAAAAUUACUCCAGGAUAUUUACUACUAGCUUAUUAAGGGACUGUUGGAGAUGCAUCUAGGGAAAUGUAUCAUUCAUCCUAUACCUUUAAAAACUGUUUUAACAACCAUCACUGUGUAAUGUUGACAGCUCAGCAUUUGUUACCAGAUGCUUUGUAAAACUGCAUACAAAACCACUGAAUGUACUUUGUAUCUACUCCAUGCAAAAGGAACUUUAAACCUGCAGUGCUAGAUUGAACAGUUUCUAGUGGUAUCCAGCAAUCUUGUGAUUCUUUGGCAAUAAAUAGUUCAGAUGUAUCUUAGUCUAGUGAAUAAUGUGAGUGCAGAUCUGCUCUCCCAAUGCUAUUAAUUGCACAUUUUACCCACAUUAUAGGAUAGAUUAUUUUAAAGCAUUUGUUGAAUAUAAUUUUUUGACAAAUAUUAUAAAUACUGUAUAUGCUUGAAAUCUUUCUAUUAAUAUUUUUGAUUAACGGUACUAAAUAACUUCUAUUCUUGAUGAAGUCUUUAUACUUUAUGGAGAUAUAUUUAUAUGCAGUUUGUUUUUUUUCUUUACUAAUUCACAAUCUUGCACUCUGCUGCAACUGUAUGAUGGCUGUGCUUCUGUGGCACAACUUGAUUUUUGAUGAUCAGCAGAUGUAUUUAUUAUGCAAAUGUUCUCUAAGAGGGAUGCAGUUGCUGCUGCACAUCCUCUGUGCCUUUGUGGGGAGAUUGGUUUUAGAACUAUAUUCUAAUUCUGUUGACUUGCCUAUGUUUUCUAAACAGACUUACCCAUUCUGUAAAUUUAGUUAAAUUCUGGGUAACUGCACUGAGGCUGUUUUUCUUAGCAGAAAAUGAGGGUCAACUGUGUAUAACGAUAACAAAUCAAUACAUUAGUUUUUAAAU